AGGAGAGAGAAACAAAGCUACCUGUUUCUAGAGAGAGAAACGACGCACAGUGACCCACCCCCAAAUUCACCAAGCGCCAUGGAUUCUCAGAUCUAUGGCGUCCUCCUCCUCCUCCUCUUCCUCACUGUCGCCUCCGCCAAGCCCUCCAACUCUACCGCUCAGAUCAAUUCCAACUCCGUCCUCGUCGCUCUCCUCGAUUCUCGCUACACUGAGCUCUCAGAGCUCGUAGAGAAGGCUCUCCUCCUCCACACUCUCGAAGAAGCCGUCGCUAAACACAACAUCACAAUUUUCGCGCCCAGAAAUGAGGCCCUAGAGCGCGAUUUGAACCCUGAGUUGAAGCGAUUCCUUCUCGAGCCUGGAAACCUAAAAUCCCUCCAAAAUCUCCUGCUUUUCCACAUGAUUCCCACCCGCAUUGACUCCAAUCACUGGCCCGCCAGCAACCCCGUCCACCACACCAGCCUUUCCAACGACAGGAUUCCACUCAGGGCGAAUAACGGCGACAAAACCGUGAGCACCGCCAAGGUCAUCAAAUCCGACGACAUCAUCCGCCCCGAUGGAAUCAUCCACGGCAUCGAGCGGUUAAUGGUCCCGAAAUCCGUCCAGCAGGACUUCAACGCGCGGCGGAACCUCCGCGCCACCUCCGCCGUGCUCCCGGAGGGCGCGCCGGAGGUCGACCCGAGAACGCAUCGCCUCCUGAAGAAGGCGCCAACCGGAGCGCCGCCGGCGCUGUCCAUCUUCGACGCCAUGGGGCCGGGGCCGUCGCUGGCCCCAGCGCCGGCGCCAGGACCCGGCGGGCCCCAGCACCACUUCGACGGGGAGAGCCAGGUGAAGGACUUCAUCCAAACCCUGCUGCAUUACGGGGGUUACAACGAAUUGGCGGAUAUUCUGGUGAAUCUGACGUCACUGGCGACGGAGAUGGGGAGGCUGGUAUCGGAGGGCUAUGUUUUGACAGUUUUAGCCCCAAACGAUGAGGCGAUGGCGAAGCUGACAACGGAGCGGCUGAGCGAGCCGGAGCAGAUCAUGUAUUAUCAUUUGAUUCCGGAGUACCAGACGGAAGAGAGUAUGUACAAUUCGGUGCGGAGAUUUGGGGAGGUGAAUUACGAUACGCUGAGAUUGCCGCAUAAAGUAGUGGCGGAGGAGGCUGACGGGUCGGUUAAAUUCGGGCAGGGUGAAGGAUCCGCUUAUCUAUUCGACCCGGACAUUUACACGGACGGUAGGAUUUCUGUCCAGGGAAUUGACGGAGUUCUGUUUCCGGCGGAGGAAACGGCGCCACCUGUCGCUAAGGUUGUCUCUAAGCCGAGAAGAGGCAAGUUAUUGGAAGUGACAUGUAGAAUGGUCGGAGCUGUUGGGCAGGAUGCUCAUUUCUCUAGUUGUCAUUAAAUUUCAUACAUGAAAAAAUGAAAAAAAUAUUUAUGAAAAAAGAAUAAAGGGAAAUGGAGGAGGAUGGUGCAGAAUUGGUAAGUUUGACUCUCACUUUUUUAUUCCAUACUACUAUUUGCUUGUUUUGUUUAAAAAUGACAGAUUCUUAGGUUGGCAAAACCAUAAAGGGGGGAGAGAGAGGACUUGGUUGGUUGCGUUAAUUGUUUGUUCUUCGGAACCCCACAUGACAUUUUUUUUGGGUAUAAAUACUGUAAUUAGAGUAUCCAACUUCUUUAAUUUGUACCUAAGUUUGUUCCGCCGACAGUGUAUUUCAACAAAUAUACGGUCCUUUCGAAGAAUAUCUAUCUAUAAUGCUGCUGUUGUCACCGGUCA